AUGCAACCUCUAAACCCCUUCCUGGCCGCCUUCUUUAAGAGCUCCCUCCCCAGCCAGUGCACCCCAGUACAUCACCACAUCCUACUGGUUCCGUCAACGGAUGUGCUUCUCACAUUCCGCGAGACCGAGAGCGGGAGCGCCCCUGCUGAGGUCAUCGCAUCGGAGGACUUUCUCGCCAGUCACGUUCUUCGUGUGCCCUCUCCAAAUGGCGUCGCCGGAGGCAAAGAUGGCGCCCAGAACUUGAGGGAGGUGAGAGGAAAGGCAAAGCAGUUUACAACGCUGAAUGGCAAGAGUGUGGUCAUCAAGGACGCUUUCAUUUACAGUAACAAAGGUUUCAAAACACUCGCCCAGGCCCAGCUUCUGAACGACAUCGUCUUUUACCCCGACGUCUUCGAACCACGGCAAUGGCUUCUCUACUAUAUAUCGAGACCCCUUGUGGGCGUCUGGGAGGAGAACAAGAUUACACCAGCCAUAUUGGUCCCCGGUGUACGAAAGCGUAGAAUUCCCGAUCAGAAGCAGACACCAAACGCCGAGUCGAUCGAAAACACGGCUCCUCGAAAGAAAGACAUCAAGAGCUUUCACGACCUCCUGAACAAUUUCCCAAUGAUUGCGCGCCAGAUGCAGCCUGGGCUUGAAAAGUUAUUCGUCGAGUUUAGCAACGUCUUCCGAAGUCCACUACCUCCUCCCCCGUCAGCCGAGCACAUCCCAGAUCCUCCACCGAAUGGGUCAAUCAACAAUGCUGCAAGGCGAGCGCGCUCCAAUAGCGCAUUGGCAAGCACGGGCGAUGAGGGUCGAUUGCCAGUGACGGAGAAUUUCUAUGCUGAGGACGAUGAAGAUAUCAUGAGAGCGUCUCUUGAAACUGCAGUCACAACUGCGAUCGACCUCUUCCAAGGGGUCGACAAACAACAACUAUCUCUUCUUGGCGCAACGACUGAUUUGACUGGUCCUCUGGUGGAGAAACUGAUUGAGCGUUAUGUCACAGAAAAUGUUCACAGUCAACUUUGGCCGAGACUCAAUGCACUGAAGAGACCUUAUGAUCUCGAAUUGGAAGCAAAAAUCAGGAAGAUGCAGUUUAUCGAUAUUUCGCAACUGGGCAUUGCCAUUGAUGGCGGUUCGAAGGCGAAGCAUGACCUCAUCAUUCAACUAGGACCGGCUGUUGAGGAAUUCAAGAAGAUAUCUGCAGCCACUUGCCCUCAGGUCAUGCUGGAUCUUUUAUUAUCAACUAUCAAGAUUGUGUCCCGCUUGACGGAUUCAUCGAAACCUCAAGCAGCUUCAUCUGAUGCAUCAGAGGAGAAACCCAUCAUGACUAUCAACGCGGAUACCUUGGUCUCAUUCUUGCUCUAUGUGGUCAUCCGAUCACAAGUCAAGCAGUUACAGGCCCGCUUGAUUUACGUCAGGAAUUUCAUCUUCAUAGACGACGUAGACAGCGGCGAGUUGGGCUAUGCGCUCAGUACAUUCGAGGCAGUGCUGGCUUAUCUUGUUCUGGACUCGGCCGGCUUACGGCGAGCCAGCAGAAGAAACAAGGCCCUGUGGGACGCGGCGAAGACAGGGACUCUGGACGACCUCAAAAAGAUAAUGGAACCUGGUUCAGGGGCUGCUGAUGAUGACGAGCUAUCAGAAUCACCUACGUCCAGCCGUCGAGCAUCUACAGUUUUGAAUCUCCAAAAUGACACGAGAUCAACAGGUCCUUCAAGAUCUAGAAGAUCAUCACUGCGUCUCUCUUUUAACGAUCCGUCACCCUAUGAACACUAUUCUCACGGUUCGGGACUGAGCCAUGUAUUCCCCUUCCAGGCAGAAGGUGAGGACGAAACACACGCACACGACUUUUCUAUACCAAUACGACGGGUGAAGAAGGUAGCGAUGGACACCCGAAGCAUAUCAGGCGAUUCCGAGGUUUCAUUCCACUCUCGCACAGGGAGCGUUGGGACCAUCGGCAGUGCUCUGGAAGGGGACAUUUCAGUGAAUCGAUUGUCGCAGACAAACAAUUCCUUUGGAGAAUCAGUUUUGAUGAUGGCCAUCCAAGCUGAACGUGCUGAGACGCUCAAGUACUUGCUCUCCUUGACCGAUUAUUUCUCUCCUUCUUUUGUUCUAGAUGACAUGAACAACGAAGAUACCACCUUGCUGAGUGCUGCCAUACAAUUAGGCAAUGCUCAAAUUAUAGAUUUGACACUUGGGUUUAUCAUCACCUCGACAACUCCUGAGCAGUUAGUUUCAUAUCUGGCGCAGCAAGACAUCUGGGGACGUAGCUGUGCUCAUUACCUCUUCAAUGCACCGGCUUUGAUCGCUCGGAUCGGGCACCUAAUACCUUGGCGACAAAGAGACAAGAACGGGCAAACUCCGCUCUUCGCUCUUUGUCGCUCUUACGAUCACAAGAACUAUCUAGAAAUGGUGGAAGCUGGGCUCAACGCUGCGGCUGCAGCGCAACAUGAUGGAAUGCCACUCCAUAUUGACGAACAUGUUGACAACAAGGGCAACACACUGCUUCACAUUGUCGGCAAUGCGAGUCUUGCUAUGAACAUACUGCAAUAUUGCGAUGUUGACGUCAAUGCGACGAACGAUAAGAGGUUCACAGCGUUGAUGGUAGCCAGCAAGUAUGGCAGAUACGACAUGGUCCGUACUCUGUUCGCCGAUCCCAGAGUGGAUGUAGGGGCAAAGGAGAUUAGAGGCCUCACAGCAGUUGAACUGGCGAAGGACGACGACGUGCGGAACAAGAUCGAUGAUCUCGCCUUGUUUAGCAUGCCGCCUGGGCCAGAUGCACGUAUCACUGGUGUGGUCAGGGCAUUCUUCGUGGAAGAUGCGACGGUGAGAUUGGUGUUGAAGUCAGCGGCCCCGACAGACCAUGAUAGUUACACGGUGACAACGAGUCGUCGCUCGCUCUCUGAUUUCGAGCAUCUCCCUACUCUUCUGGCGCUUGAAAACCCAGCUUCGUGGAUACCAUCACUCGCCGAUGUUCGCUCUCCGUUCCAAAUACCGUCGAAGCCAUCGCGGGCCAUUCUGCGAGACAUGCAAGCUCGCGCAGAUUGGUUCUUGAAGAUAAUGCUAAUGCACCCAACUUUCGCCACGCACGAGAUGUUAUGGGAGUUUUUCCUGGUACCAGAAUUGCAAUUGGAUAUGAUGGAGCAACGGACGCUCCUCAAAACAGAAGCGAGAGCAGAGAAGGUGCGAGAUGAAUAUGAACCGGUGGAGGACGUGAGGGAGGUGGAGCAGUUUGUCAAUCAUGCGCGAGAAAUGAUACGGAGCGUGAACUACUCGACUAAGAGUGCGACCAGACGCGCCAAUAAUCUCGGACUCGUCGCAGCAGAUGCGUUUGAGACGUAUGUGCGAUCCAUCGUCCCCACCCAGUCAAACGCGCAAGCAAACCUUCACUCGUCAUUCCUGGCUCUGCAAUCUACGGUUCAGGCACUGCUGGCGUCCUUGUCUCGGCCACCCUCCAUUAUUUCACAGAUGAGGGCGGCCAAGCGUGAGGCCGACAGAAACUUUAACUCUCUGAACAAGUCGAGGUGGCCGCUGGGUCUCCUGGAUGAUACAAGACAGCGAUUAUAUGAUGAAAAAGAGGAACGAGCACGUAAGUCUCGGGAAGAAGCCGCGAAUCUUGCGAGGGAACUUAGAUACACACAACAGACAGUGGCUGGAGAACUAGCAGGGUGGCAAGAACUGCACGAGAAGAUGGGCCGCCACGCCAUCCGAGAAUUUGUAAGGGGGAUGGUAGUGCAGGAGAGGAUGAAGCUGGAUGGUAUGCUGAGAGCACUACGGAAAGUGAGGUUGCCUGAUACGAUAGUGGUGGGUAACGGGACUAGAACACCAGCCCCAUCACAAGUGAGGGAGCUUGAAGAAGUCGAGAUGGGUGAGACCGGGGAUAAUAGCGAGGCUUGA